AUGCCGACCGUCUCCUUCCACUUCGUUUACUGGGCGAUUCUAGGCAUAGUUGAUGUUAGUGCUUUGUCUCUUCGAGCGUCGCCACUUGCAUACAAUGUCUCGUCCAAUAGCGUCAUGACACCAUCCGGCGUCUUUCCUGGAUAUGGAAACUCUUUGAACAGCUCAAAGACGUCUCCGACUGCUAUCAGCGCUUACAAUUCUACCUUCAAGAAUGAGACGUUGGUCACCACUGCUUUUUCUUCGAGCCUUUGCUGUUUCGUCGUCCAAGAUACGAUCGACGUGAGGUAUUGGGCAGACUACGUCACUUACAAUACGGUCUUUGCAACCCACGUUACGACUUUCAUUACCUUCGCCACUCAGUACAUAGACACGACUGUCACCACCAAUAUUUCUACAGUCGUAAGGAUGUUCAAUUACACUUCUAAUGCAGAAAGUGUUGGGGCCCCGACAAUCCCUAAUCCAUAUAAUGAAGUACUGGGCCCCUUGGUGACGCAAAUUGGGCUCAACGGGUCUCUAGCCAGGACCUUUGGAGAAAACAUCAUCUCCCCAACACAAUAUUACGUGUUCCCGAGUGUCAAGGUCAUCAGUGUCCCAGCUAUCGUAGACAAAGAUGGCCGUGCAGCAUGUGCUACAACGUCAACGUAUCAGGCUACAUGUCCAGCCCAGACGUACGCGAGUUGGAAUUACAACGCCACCAGGCUGGAUAACUACACCGAAAGUGCAGCAACAAAAAGUGCACUUUACAUUACGGGCAUCAAUUCUAACGCAGAAAGAUACUUCGACUCAGGUUCAAAGCAGGAAGCUCUUGACGUGAUACACGUUUCAUUUUCAAAACCUUUUAUCUACGCUCCUCUCAGCGACCAGUUCCCGUCCAAGGUUCUCAACGAAAAUCUGGGCUAUGUCCCUCAGACUCUCAUUGAGUGGAUGGCCCGGAAUUCCGACUAUGUCUCAAAGUUUCCUGGCAUCGCCUCUUGCUUACCAGGAGGACCUUCGGUCGAUUUCUUCCUCUACUUUUGCCCCCUUCUAAAUCCCGCUAUGGGACCUAUUUUUCUCGGACUUCAAUUUUCAGAGCCACAUUUAACCGUCUCGUCGACCGUCACCGUCGCUGGGGAAGGAUGCUUCCAUCCCGGUGCAUGCCCCACUCCAGCAGCACCAGGUGCCACGGCCGUUGCUGCGACGCCAGAAGUCACUCCUGAAGCUGAGCGACCGCCGAAAGCUGGAGCAUCCAGCACUGCGCAUGGUCAAGACACAUCUUUCGCCGCUGACCCCAAAAACCCUUCGCCUCCACAAGCUCCAAGUCAACCUCUGCCAGCGCCAGUAGAAACUCCAAGCAGCACGCCAGUCAUCUCUCCGGAAACCCAAGCGGUCAACCCUCCUCCAAGCCUUCAACCUAAGGUUCCAAGCCUUUCGCCACCUGGGGAGGCUAAUCAACCACUGUCAAUGCCAACAGGUUCUUCUGAAAAUCCCUUGUUGAACUCUCCAGAAGAUGUUCACGGGGCAAACCCUCCGCCAGCCAACCCAGCCAAGCCUCCUUCAAAUUUUCAAGGUUUAGGCGCUAUCAUAGCUGGCGCCAUUGGCAUCACUUCCACUUCUCUACCGGAGAUCCAGGGUGUCCAACCAUAUCCAAUGCCCACACCAACACUAAUCUACAGUAUCUCAAUCGCUGCCUCCGCCUCAGCUGUAGUAGUUAAUGGCGUCACGUCCGUCUUACCGGCUGGUGGACCCGAGGGGCUAAUUGUCGCUGGAAUCACAUCAGUUGCCGUGGGCUCGCAGCAGAUCUCCCAGAACGCUGCUUCUCAGUAUGUGGUAGCAGGCCAAACGCUCAUACCUGGAGCACGACCAAUCAACGUACAGGGUACCGAAGUGUCCCUUGCGCCUUCCGCGAGUGCAAUCGUCAUCGCUGGUAGCACGAUUGUGCUAAGCUCUACCAGCGCGCCAGCAUUCACGGUGGGAGGUGAAGUUAUUUCCGCCAAUAGUGCAUCAAAAUACGUAGUAGGCGGCCAAACACUUACGCCAGGAGCUCCAGCGGUCACAAUUUCAGGAACACGCAUCAGCCUCGCUCCAAGCGGGACCCAGGUUGUCGUCGGUAGUAGCACGAUUGGACUCGGAUCCACCUUCACACUACCACCUGCAUUGACAGUUGGCUCUCAAACCUAUACCGCAGACAGCAAGUCCGAAUACACGAUCGCUGGACAAAUACUCACUCCAGGAGGUCCAGCAGUCACGGUCUCGGGGACGCGACUCAGCCUCGCUCCGGGCGCGACGCAGCUUGUCUUGGGAAGCAGCACCAUAGAUCUUACACCCGCCAAUACCCCUCCUCCAUUGACAUUCGGCUCUCGAACCUUCACCGCGAACAGUGCAUCCGACUACAUCAUUGACGGUCAAACCCUAAUACCAGGUGCUCCAGCUAUAACAGUAUCCGGCACCCCCAUCAGUCUCGCUCCAACCCCCUCUCAAGCAGUCAUCGGAAGCAACACCAUCACACUUUCCCCCGCCUCCACGCCCCCCGUUGACAUUCGGCUCUCGAACCUUCACCGCGAACAGUGCAUCCGACUACAUCAUAGACGGCCAGACCCUCAUCCCCGGCGCCCCCGCCCUCACAAUCUCCAACACCCCGAUCAGCCUAGCCCCGACGCCCUCGAGCAGUGCGCCUCCGACUACAUCAUAGACAACCAAACCCUCAUCCCCGGCGCCCCCGCCCUCACAAUCUCCCACACCCCAAUCAGCCUAGCCCCCGACGCCUCCGCAGUGGUCAUAGGCGGCCGCACCGAGCUCCUCCGCCCCGGCCCCACGCUCCCACCCAUCAUCAUCGGCUCUCGAACCUUCACCGCCGACGACGCGGGCGCAUACGUCAUCGGCGGCCAGACGGUGACGCCCGGCGCAUCCGGCGUCGUCGUACCCGGGUCCUUGCUCGUCCCUGCCGCGGCAUCAUCAUCGUCCGUGUUUACGAUAGCGGGGCAAGUCUUCACGGCAUACCCGACCGCGUUCUCCAUCGACGGGACUACCAUCUCGGCUGGCGGUCCUGGCGUUGUGGUCUCCGGGACCCCGGUCCGCUUGCGAGCGUCGGGCGUUUUGGACAUUGGUAAUAGCACUGUUAGGCUGUCUUUGGCCAGUCCUAGCGUUGAGGUUGGAGGGUCUGCGUUUGCUGGGAAGGCGGAUCGGGGUUCGUUGAGUCUGCUGUAUUCGAUGUCGGCUUUGGUGCUUGGUUUGUUGAUCGUCGUGGUGUUUUGA